AAGCUGUGAACCUGACCCCAACCCAUUCAACAUGUCUUUGAGCGCUGAAUCGUUGGUCCACACGUCCCCGGGGCCACUUGCACGGCUCAACGGCGUCAACGGCUACCCGACGAAGGCGCAGAAGAAGUUGAUUAAUGGUGACACCGACACGAGAGACAGCUUGUCGCUUGCUUUUUUCACCCCAUACGAUGUACUCACGACGGCUCUUCCACUUCCCGCUCCAACCUCCUCCACGGCCUUCUGGUGGCGAGAAACCGGCCCUUUGAUGAGCAAGCUCCUUUCGAAGGCAAACUACCCCUUGUAUACCCAUUAUAAGUAUCUCCUGCUUUAUCAUACGCACAUCUUGCCCCUUCUUGGGCCACGCCCGCCGCUGGAGAACUCGGGUCAACCAUCCACGGUCAAUGCACCCUGGCGAUCCUUCCUGACCGACGACUUCUCCCCGCUGGAGCCCAGCUGGAAUGUGAACGGAAAUGCCGAGUCCCAAAGCACGAUUCGUCUUGGUAUCGAACCCGUCGGUUUCGAAGCGGGUUCGACCGCGGACCCAUUCAACCAAGCCACGGUUACGCGGUUCAUGCACUCCUAUGCCGCAUCAGAAGUCGGAGCGACUGUGUCCAUGUUCGAGCACUUUCGGGACGACCUUUUUGUGUCCGCCGACGAACAUCAUCAGGUUCGAGAAAAACUGCCAUAUGGCGAACAUACCACACAGAGCUUUCUCGCAUUCGACCUAGAUGCCGGUCGUGUGACCACCAAAGCCUAUUUCUUUCCCAUCCUGAAGGCCCUGAGCACUGGACAGAGCACUACACAGAUAAUUUCCAGCUCGAUACUGCGGCUGGCAAGAAAAAGCAAGGUAUGGGGUGUUCAGGCUAUUGCAGCCAUGUCCGUGCUUGAGGCAUGGAUGGCUAGCUUCAAUGGAGCAGCCAAAGCAGAGAUGAUCAGCGUGGACUGCGUGGAUGAAGCCGAAUCUCGAAUUAAGAUUUAUGUACGCAUCCCUCACACCGCGCUGCGGAAGGUGAACGAGGCAUAUUGCCUCGGGGGUCGCUUGACAGACGAGAACACAACCGAGGCCGUGAGAUUGCUGGAGGAACUAUGGAGAACGGUCUUCGGGGUGGUGGACGAAAAUAUCGAACUGCCACAGAACGACCACCGGACCGCGGGGACGAUUUUCAAUUUCGAGCUGCGACCGGGGAAAUGGUUCCCGGAGCCCAAGGUGUAUCUGCCUGUCAGGCAUUAUUGUGAAAGUGAUAUGCAAAUUGCUGCGCGAUUGCAGAGCUUCUUUGGAAAGCUGGGAUGGAGCCAGCUGGAACGAGGAUAUUCCAAAGAUCUCGAGGACCUGUUUCCACAUCAUCCACUGUCCACCUCGACCGGCACACAUACUUACCUCUCAUUUUCCUAUAAGAAGCAGAAAGGCGUUUGUAUGACCAUGUAUUUUAGUCCUCGGGUAUACAGCGUAUGAGGCACAGGAUCUUUCUUUCGAUUGAAGAUUUUCCAUUGUUUUCAUUUAUUCUAUUAAAUGAUCUCAUCUUGUUGGCGGGCUUUUCCGUCGGCAUUCCGUGACCACGAUUUGGAGGCCUAGUGAGGAUAUCGAUCAGUUUUAGAUAAGCAUUUGAAUUAUCAAUACGCGCAAGUCUCCAGGAUCAACGCGUUCAAUGAGAUGCUAGUAUGAAUUGGGGUCACUCGGGUCAAAGUUCCAAAACCCCUAGUGGGAGUCAUUAGCAAAAGCCUGUUCGUAGAAUCGUCGGGUAACCAACCCAGUCAAAGGACAUGGAUGGAUCCUGCAUGUCCAGGCUUCCCAGCUCAGCAAGGUCGGGCAACGAAGUCUCGAUGACUG